AUGUUUCAAAGAUACGUUUAUAAACGAUUAAUAAAUGAUACGAUUCUUAAAAAUAGAAGAAGCAUCCAUAUGAUGCCUACAUUACCUAAUAAUGAAACCUUAAUUGCCAAUGGUAUACCUAACAUAUAUAGUGGUAAAGGGUUUUCUGUUGCCUGGGAAGAUCGCCAACGAUAUUUAAUUGAAAAGUUGAAUAUGGUUACUAAUGGGACUACUUUUGAAUCUAUGUACCCUUUCCAUAUCAUGUUGCAAGCAAAAAAUCGUAAAGAUCAAGCACAUAUCUUUAAUUUGGCAUCUAGCGUUCAUAAUAAUCACUUAUUUAUUGAAAAUAUCUUACCCAAUGGGGCAGAGGAUGCUGUUGGACCAAGUAAAUUAUUUUUAAAUAAAGUUGAGAAAUCGUUCAAUAAGUCAUGGGAAGAAAUUAAAAAUGAGAUUAUUGAAGUUGAUUCCAGAAAAAUUGUUGGACAAGGGUAUAUCUUUUUAAUAGAGAAUUCUGAUAAAAAAUUCCAAUUGCUUAAUAUUCAAAAUAAUGGUACACCAUAUUAUUUCCCUAUGAAUCAAAGCCAUGAUUUGAACCAUGUUUUACAACAAGAUGAAAUUGAGUUAUACCAUGAACUAAAAGAGAUUGUAAAGGAUCCAAAAGUAAAGAUAAAGGAUUAUAGCAUACCCAUCAUAUGUAUCAGUCUGUGGGAUCAUAGUUAUUUGAAAGAUUAUGGAGUUGACGGACGUGAAGAAUAUUUGAAGAACGUUUUAAAUAAUUUGAAUUGGUCUGUGAUAAAUAGUCGAUUAUUCAAUUAA